AUGUCUGCCACAAAUCCCUCGAUCGAGAAGUUAGUCAAGGAAUGGUUGCGACUAGAUAAAAAUGAAUCUACUCGCAAAGAGAUUGAGCUCCUCUGGCAACAGCGCCGUACCGAUGAGUUGGAGAAGCGAUUGAGAAAGCGGAUCGAGUUCGGAACAGCAGGAUUGAGAGGGAAGAUGGAGGCUGGCUUUGCCAGAAUGAAUGACCUUACGAUUAUUCAGGCAUCUCAGGGUCUAUGCGCCUACGUCCUGGAGAAUAUUGCCGAUGCUUCAGUUCGAGGAGUAGUCAUUGGAUAUGAUCAUCGACAUAACUCCGAAAGAUGGGCGAUGCUCACCGCCGCUGCAUUCGCCGCGAAAAACAUGAAGGUUCAUCUACUCCGUGGCAAGGUCCACACGCCCAUGGUGCCCUUUAGUCUGAAAAGACUGUGUGCUGCAUGUGGAGUUAUGAUUACAGCUAGCCACAACCCGAAGGAUGAUAAUGGAUACAAAGUUUACUGGGAGAAUGGAGUGCAGAUUGUAGAGCCGCACGACAAGGGCAUUGCCAAAUCAAUUGAAGCACAUUUAGAACCAGGCCAAUACGAUCCUUCGAGUAUCCUGUCGUCUUCACUCUGCGUCGAUGUCACGGAAAGCAUGCAGGGCAAAUACCUGCUGUAUCUGCAGGGACUAUCAUCACCCAGUACUAAUUCACCCGAGACAAUACGGGUAGUCAAUACUUCCAUGCAUGGAGUGAGCCAUGCAAUAUUGACGAAGGUUUUUGCAUCUUUGGGCCGACAACCGUUUGUAUCCGUAAUUGAGCAAGAGACCCCAGACCCUGAUUUCCCGACUGUCAAAUUCCCAAAUCCUGAAGAGAAAGGUAACUUAAUCCUUGACGCACCUACCUCGCAAUUUUUAAACCGAUUACAGGAUCUUGCCAUGAGGCGGGGCGAAGAAGAAAAAGUCAACUACGUGCUUGCUCAGGACCCUGACGCUGACCGCUUUGCAGCAGCAGAACGGCGGCCAGAUGGGAAAUGGACCCAAUUCACUGGAGAUCAGCUGGGAACUCUUUUCGCUGCGGCUGUUCUGGAAAGUUACAGGGGCAGUGGCAAACAACUAAACAAACUUGCCAUGGUUGCGUCGACGGUCAGUUCAAAAAUGAUUGCUGCCAUGGCCAAGGCAGAGGGUUUCCGGUUCCUGGAAUGCCUUACUGGUUUCAAGUAUAUCGGUAAUACUGCGUUAGUUGCGGUAUCCGAAGGCUUUGAAGUUCCUUUCGGGUACGAGGAAGCCAUCGGAUUCAUGUUCGGAGACGAAGUCAGAGACAAGGAUGGGGUCGCGGCCACCAUAGUUUUCUUGGACCUGGUCACGUCGCUGCAGGCGCGGGGCAAGACAGCAUUCUCAUACCUUCAGGAGUUAUAUCAACAGUAUGGGUACUUCCAGACGAGUAACAGCUAUUUCAUCUGCACUGAGGCAGCCACAAUAAAUAAGAUAUUCGCUCGAUUACGAGAAUUCCCCGGCGAGGUACGAAGAGCCGCAUAUCCUAAAGCAAUUGCUGGACUUGCCAUAGUUCAAGUGCGAGACCUUACUAUCGGCUAUGACAGCUCCAAUGCUCCUACGUACAAGCCGACUCUGCCUCUUUCUUCUGGUCAUAUGAUUCAGUUCAAGGCCGAGUCUCCAACGAAAGAUGAGGAGAUUUUCUUAACGCUACGGACUAGUGGAACUGAACCGAAGAUCAAGUACUACUUGGAGGGUAAAGGUUCGGAUGCCGCGAAAGUCGCAGGCCUUCUUUCAAGGGUAGUGACAGAAUUAGGCGAUAUCUGGCUGCAGGCGGAUCUGAACGGCCUUGGGCGGCCAUGA